AUGGCUAUUACAGAUAUGCUGAACCGCCGUGUGCGGGCAAGGCCUGAUGAUGAAGAUGAUCUAUACUCGGAGCAGUCCAAAACGGGUGAAGAGGGAUCCCAGGACGAAGCCGAGGACGACGAUUCUGAUGCUGCAGAUCUGCAAUCCGAUGAUUCACAAGACGAGGAUUCCGAGCAUGGUGACUCGAACUCAGACGGCGACGAGGACAAAGACGAAGAUAGCAACGAGAAUGCCUCCUCCUUCGAAGAUGAAGACUCCGCCUCCGACAACGACAUCCAAGCCUCCCUAAGCAACAUAUCAUUCGGCGCCCUCGCCAAAGCGCAAGCCAGCAUGGGCCCGAAAAAGCUCAAGUCAAAAGCCAACAAACCCACCACUGAGUCAACACAAACCGCCUCCCCGCUCGACGACAUCCGCGCGCAAAUCCGCGCAGCCCGCGACCAAAAGCGCGAAGCCGCCGCCAAAGCGCACGCACCAAUGGUGCAAUCCUCCAAAUACGCCGUCGGCCGCAAACGGGUCAUCGUCGAACCCCCAGCAACCGCCAAAGCGCGGGACCCACGCUUCGACGCCGCAGUCAUGGGCCACAGCGGCAAGGGACUCAAUGCGCAAGCAUCUGAAAAGAACUACGCAUUCCUGGAAGAAUACCGAGUGUCAGAGCUACGCGAUCUAAAGCGACAAAUGGCAGCGACGAAGAACCCCGAGGCCAAAGAAGCGCUGAAGCGACAGAUUCGGUCAGCGACGGAUCAGCAGAGAGCGCGGGAGAAUCGGAAGCGGGAGGAGGUAGUUAUUGCGGAGCAUAAGAAGAAGGAGAAGGAGGCUAUUCGAGAGGGGAAGAAGAGUACGCCGUAUUAUUUGAAGAAGUCUGAUUUGAAGAAGCAGGUUAUGCAGAAGAAGUAUGAGGAGAUGGGGUCGAGGGAUCGGGCUAAGGCUUUGGAGCGGAGGAGGAAGAAGUUGGCUUCGAAGGAGAGGAAGGAAAUGCCUAUGGAGAGACGCGGGUUUGAGAGUAUGGUUGGUGAUGAGCCUCCUGCUCGUGGUGGAGGUGGGAAGAGAAGACGACUUGAGUAG